AUGCGAUUCGGCGGUCGACGACAUCGUUAUGAAAGCAGUGACGACGCUGAUUCGAUCGAUUCGAUGUCGGUACAGCAGAAAAAUAAGGAAAAAGAGGAAUGGAAGUGGGCACAGUCGUUGGCAAGACGCUUGGAACAAGUGCUGAACGUGCAUCCAGAGAAAUACCAAAAUGGGUGUAGCAGUCAAAGACCAAGUCGUCAAUCGUCACCAGAUCAACUGUUGGCGCCCACCAGGAGUAGAAGUGCCGAUUUCGGCAGAGCCGCUGAAAUGGCAAGUGGACACAGUGAAGAAGGAAAAGGAAUGCUUCUACGAAAUGGAGAUGACAAAGUUCGACACCCAAGUCCACAACGUGGCACUCCUGACAGCUCCAGCACACAAGGCCACCAGUACGCGGAUCAAAUCGUUACUAUUAAUGUUUCUGGCAUGAGGUUUCAAACAUAUGAGAGUACAUUGGCAAGAUACCCCAAUUCUUUGCUUGGAGACCCUUCGAAAAGACAAAAUUAUUUUGUUCCCGAUACCAACGAAUUCUUCUUCGAUCGACAUCGAACGACAUUCGAGUCAAUAUUGUACAUCUAUCAAAGUGGUGGAAGAGUGAAACGUCCCGAAAUUGUUCCUAUUGAUGUGUUUUUGAGAGAGAUGAGGUUCUAUCAGAUGGGCGACGAACUUCUUGAAGAGUUCUGGAUUGCAGAAGGUUACGAAAAACCGAAUGAAGUUAUGAUGCCAACAAAUAAGACGCAGAGAAAGAUAUGGGAAUUGAUGGAAUAUCCAGAUAGUUCUUUAUCAGCAAGGAUUAUUGCAUUCAUUUCAAUUGCAGUUAUUGCAUUAUCUAUUAUAUCAUUCUGCUGGGAAACGGUUCCAUCUGAUAACGACGAGAAACUUGUAAACAUCACCACAGGCGAGAUGAUCGAAGAAAUGGAUGAAAAGCACUACUCGCCAUUUUUCUGGAUCGAAUUGAUGUGUAUUCUUUGGUUCACGAUUGAGCUGAUUCUACGAUUCAUCUCAUGUCCAUGCAAAGUGGUAUUCGCGACGUCUAUUUUGAACAUCAUCGAUUUUGUGGCUAUCGCACCAUUCUUUGUCAACUUUUUCUUCGCCGACACGAGCAAAUCCAACUCUUCAAUGUCGUUUGCCGUAUUACGAGUGCUUAGAUUGGUUCGAGUCUUCCGAGUUUUCAAACUCAGUCGACAUUCCGUUGGUCUCCAAAUCCUUGGGAAAACAUUCCGAUCUUCUGUACAAGAGUUUUGUCUUCUUAUCUUUUUCAUGGCUAUCGCUUUGGUACUUUUUGCAUCUGGAAUGUAUUUCGCGGAACAGGGAGAACCGAAUUCAAAGUUUACUUCUAUUCCUGCAAGCUUCUGGUUUGUGUUGGUUACCAUGACAACUGUUGGAUACGGAGAUCUCGUCCCACUCAGCCCGUUCGGGAAAGUGGUUGGCGGUAUGUGCGCAAUGAUUGGUGUUCUCACUUUGGCACUUCCAGUUCCAAUCAUUGUUGCCAACUUUAAACACUUCUACCGCCAAGAAAAUCGGCUAGCCUCCAUGAAAAAUACUUCAAAGGGUGAACCAGAAGACGAUGACAUCGCGUGA